GGCUUCGUGCUAUCGGCGAAACUGGGAGAGAGGAGUCGCCAUCGGACGUAAGUCUCGCCAUUGAAGGACAAGACAGGGCCCCGCCGAAUCAAUAAACAAUUGAAACGGCCGCCAAACCAUCCCGUGAGAUGAGACAGCCUCGGACCUUUUAUACACAAUUAUAUUUAUCUAUACAUACACAGACCUGUAUUUAUGCUAGAAUCCUCUUGCGCUCUCCCCAACCCGGAAAACCCUCCAAUACACUCUUCUAGAUGCCUCCUCUCCUCUGCUUGAUCUGCUGCAACCUUCGCAAUAUUAAGGAGGCUCCUCUGUCUCCCAACAACCUCGUCCUGCCUGUGACCAUUGACUGUGGUCUGCUGAGAUUUCAUCAACUCAAAGGCAAUGUCACUCUCUGCUCUUUCCCCUGAAACGCGGUUGUUGAGUCCCUUCUCAGUCCCCGUCCCUAAGAGCCGGGGAAACGACACCCUCCUGUGCAGAAUCCACAGGAGCCCCAAAGGCGAGCUUGCACUGAGCUGCAGCUCCAAGGAGCUGAAAUUCCUGUCCAAGAAUGGCAAGAGCAGAGGCGGGUUCGAGGAAAGGAAGGGCCUUUCCCAGGUGGGUGCCGGAAAGAUGUCGGUUUUGUGUGGUUUCGGGUACUGGGUUCAGGGGUUCAGGUGCUUCCCGUGGUUGGCUCUGAAUUUCCACAUGGCCCACAACCUCAGUCUCCACCCUUCUGCUCUGCAGCUUGUUCAGAACUCUGGGAACCUUCCAAUGGUGGCGAAGCCGCUAUACGGCAUCCUAUCCGAUGCUUUUUACAUUAAUGGUGCUCAUAGGUUGCCUUAUAUUUCCAUCGGAGUCCUCUUGCAGGUUCUGUCGUGGGGCCCACUGGCAUUGAUCCCAUCAGCUCGGGAAGCUCUUCCAAACCUCAUGGCCUGUGUCCUUCUGAGUAAUCUUGGAGCCUCCAUCACGGAGGUGGCAAUGGAUGCUCUCGUAGCUGAGUACGGUCAGAGACACAGAGCAAAUGGUCUCCAGUCUUAUGCUUUCAUGGCCUCGGCUGUCGGGGGCAUACUUGGGAACUUCCUUGGUGGAUAUUUCUGGCCCACUGCAGCUUCCAAGACCAUGUUCUUUGUAUUCUCGAUCCUACUGAUUUUCCAGCUUGCUAUUUCUAUGGCAAUUAAAGAGGAAGCUCUCGGAAUACAAGCGCAGACCUCCCAUUACGACGACAGACAGAGUUCUUCUAUCUUGGGCAUUAUGGGGAGCCAAAUGUCCAAUCUUCGGAGGGCAAUUCAAGAAGAGACCAUCUCAAGUUCCCUUGUUUGGGUUGUGUCUUCCAUCGCUAUGGUCCCACUUUUGUCAGGUUCCAUCUUCUGCUAUCAAACCCAGUGCCUUCAUCUGGACCCUGCAGUUCUUGGAAUGUCCAGGGUUGUUGGCCAAUUGGUUGCACUUUCAGCAUCGUUUCUCUUCGAUAGGUUCUGGAAGAGUGUCACAAUGAGGAAGUUGAUUGGUUGUACUCAGGCCCUUUAUGCUUUCUCUCUUCUUCUGGACCUCGUCCUUGUGAAACAGAUUAACCUCAGAAUAGGAAUCCCAAAUGAGAUCUUUGUCCUCUGCUUCUCGAGCUUAGCAGAGGCAAUUGCGCAGUUUAAGCUUCUGCCCUUCAUUGUGCUAUUCGCGAACUUGUGCCCGAGGGGUUGCGAGGGAUCUCUCAUGUCCUUUUUAGCAUCGGCACUAUGUUUAUCAUCAAUAGUUAGUGGAUUUUUUGGUGUAGGGUUGGCUUCCUUAAUCGGGAUAACAUCGGGUGACUUCUCAAGCCUAGCUGGGGGAAUUCUUGUUCAGUUUGUUGCUGCUAUGCUGCCUCUGAGGUGGAUUGACAGGGUUCCUGCAUCACCACCUAUUGUGGAGAAGGAGAAGAAGAGGGGUAGAAGCAAGAGGAGUCGGAGGAAUAAGAGGAUCGGGAGGGUGGUGUUGAGGUUGCUUUAUGCUUAUCGACGUGAGAGAGAGUCCGAAACAUUGCAAAGGUAAAUUUGACAGUGACAUAGUUCCGCAUACAACCGCAGCUUUUGUCAAGAUGUCUCCUGCAUAGUAUCUGGAUCCAAAAGUUGGUGAGGAUUAAAGACGCCAUUCUAAGUCACAGUUCAGUGAACUCUGCGCUACUAAUUCCACCAAGACAGAUGGACAUGGAAAUACUCCGUUAGAAAUUGUAAUGCAGGUUCCCUCCGAGUUGAAGUGGCAUGCAGGACAUCCUGUUCUUGGAACAGAUUUUGCCUCAAAGGCAACUGUUUCCUAGCUACUGGUCUACAUUCUGCUAGAGGAAAAGAAACAUCCGUCUCUUACAUAUGAUCAGCUAUUCUUUCGGAAAUCAGAUCAUGCGCGUGUGGAUAUUAAGCAGGUUCUGACUUGAAUCCGAGUAGUACUGGUUGAGAGUUGAGACUAGUGUGGAAAGCCAACGGUGCGGAUUCAACUUCUUCAACUAGGAAGCCACAUGAUGAAUCAUUGAAUCUCAAGUCCUAUGGAACAGAGAUAUAUCUCUGGGAUGCUAGCUGCUCCAGCCUAAGAGUAGUUAUGGUUCGGUUCGUUUUCUUUUGGCCGUUGAUCAUGGUCUGUAUAAUUCUUUCAAACUAAAUCAUAUUUUAUUGCGAUAUCACAGCUCUGAAAUGAAAA